UCAUUUUCGUUGGACUCUUGGGAAUUCAUGAAACCAAAGUUUUUGUGGAAAUUUCACCGCUGUUGAUUAACAGAUGAGGAAAAAGGACCCCAACAUAAGGAUUUCCGCUGGCAUUUGUGGCUGUCUCUGAGCUCUGCAACAUACCAAACAUCGCAAACAUGGCUAGCAGUGAUUUGUUUGAUGUUGGAGUUGUAAACACCGAAAAUCUGCUUGAUGCCUACCAGCAAUAUGACGCCAUCAGUGAUUUUUUGCACGCUGACCUGUGUAUUGGUUUACAUGUCACCACUCUGUCCCACCCACAACAAUUACUUUCAUUCUCAUUUGAUGUGGAUGGGUUGGUGGUUGAGUUCAAUAAGGUGCAGGCGCUGCAAGGUAUGCUUCAUUACCUAUUCCUCCCCAGGUUUAACUCACAGAUACUUAGCCCCCACUAUGUGUACCUAAAAAAGCACGUGGAUCUCAGCAAGUACACGAGCAAUGGCUUGACUGCCCUUAAAAAUUGUGUUGGGUACCAGAUAGCUAACGUAGAUGGUGGCUAUCAUCUAUUAAUGACUGCAGUACCCAGCAGCACCACUGGCCCUGACACCAGGCUAUUCAAGAAACAGCUCUACAGCACACAUGCUGUAGAGCUGCUUAACAGUGUGACAGACAACUUUAAACGGUUGCUCCGGGGCCUCUCUUCUAGGGACAAGAGCAGACCUACUCUGCAAAAACAGGGGACCAGCAACACGGCAAGGUUCAAUGUGUUGCGGCAGGACCUGCCGUUCAUAAUGAGCCUUUUGGACAGAGCUGUGGAGGAGGCAAACUCCUGCCGUUUUUUGCAAGUGAUGCUGACACUAAACCAGUUUGGCCAAAAAGACCCCAAUACACUGGAAUUGACAGACAUUGUGGAUGUGACAGAUGUUAAAGCAGUGUCAGUCCACCUUGCCGUGAAGUUUGUGGCAAAUGACUAUGACCAACACAUAUUGUUCUCCCGUUAUGGACUGCAGGACCUGGUAGGAGCCAGGGGGAAACUGUUCUCAGUCCUUGGGAUGCAUGAGGCCACAAACUUCCAGACCAAUCUGGACCACCUGCCGUUAGAUGUAGCCAAGCCUCUUCUGGCAGUGCUCAGCAAAGAGGGAAGGCUGAAUUUCCUUCAACUGUAUGUCGACAGCCCACAUUGUCACUUGCAGAUGCCAUUCAAGCAUCCCGUGAGUGGUGCCAUAGUGACAUGUGGGCUGUCGCACCCAAAUUCACAAAUGGCCAUGCUCUCCAGGGCAUUGACGUACCUGCGCCACAUGACGGACCUUAAAGAAAGGCUGGUGGCACAGCUUGGUUGCCGUAUAGAGCAGGUCCUUAGGUUUCAGGGGGAUGUACCUAUGUGUGUUGACCCCUCAGCCCAUUUUGACCUCGAAGGGCUGCACGCUUUGCUGCGACAGUGUGCCAUGCUUGUCCCCUUCAAGGACACAACCUCUGGUCAGGGUCUCCUGUCCACCUUGGAUGGCGUUCUGGGCUCACUCAUCGACACCCUCACCAGUGCCUACAGUUCCAGUGAGGGUGUGGGUAGGUUCGAUGAGUCAUGGAAAGCUUUCCAGUGUGAGCUAGCCCUUGAGGAAAUGUUUUAUGGCCACCCUCUGUCAUCCGAGGACUUUUUUCUAAGUGCAAGCUUGGGGACCAGUACAGUGAUGGACCGUAGCCUCACACACCAGAGGGGUUUCAUUGGCCUGGCACCUCACUCGAGUGCUAGCUCGGAGGAAACGCCUCCCCCACUUCAUCACUGGACCAGGGAUGAACUACAGAAGCUGCGGAUUGAGCGCCUCUGGCCUCUGUGCCAGACCUUGGAGGCAGGGCCGGCUGUCAUCGGUGUGGCGCUAAUUCGCGUGCUUCUCGGGGACCUGUACAGAAGGAAUGCAAACAUCCCAAUGUCAGCUUUCAGCUCCGACUCUCCACCUGGCAAGCUGGUAGGUGCUAUGACCCUGGAGAUUCUCACCAACGACCUUGAAACAAAAAACUCUUUUCCUGUCCCCAACACCUUUCACCGUGCUCGCCAGCUGGUGCAGAAAGCAGGAAAGUCUGUUAAGGAUUGUCUGUUGCAGGGGUUCAUUGCAGAGAAGCUUCACUUCUUCCCAGCCUUCAAGUUCAGAGACAUUAAGGGUGGAAAGAAGAUCUGGUGGAACUUCAAAGACUUUUUACAUGUCCACCUAGGAGCAGAGAAACCUUUUCCCGUGUCUGAGCUCACCGCCAGGACCCUGCAAGUAUGCACAGAGAUAGAGAGACGGUCUCUGGCAUACUCCCGGUCAUUGGAAAAAUACCGGGACCACGGAAUGCCAUGGAUGGUGAAAACACUGCAGCGGCUGCCUCCCACACUGAAAGGGACCUUCCUUGUGAACGUUCUCACCUUCAUCAGCUCAGUUGGCAUGCUCCAAAAUAAUGAUUUUGUAGAUUUUAACCACCUGAAGGACCUCCUUCAGGCUAUUAGCCUGCAAGGCAUGGCCCAGGACAAACUGCAAAAGCUCCAGAUAUUAGGUAGGUUUACCAUAGAGAAGGUCUAUAGACCCAUCAUCUGGAAGCUGCACCACGACAUUCCGGUCAGGCUCCAGCAGAACACCCCACGCUUACUAAGCCUCAGACCACCACCCAAGCAGGAAGAGGGAGAGGUCCUCCAGCCUGAGGAGGACGUCCAGGCUGUCGAAGACCAAGAUGACAUCAGACCUCCUGUCAGGUCUCAGGCAAUGUGCCUGCCUGCCAAUUCCUCCAAGCUGUGGACACAGGAUGAGUGUGCUCUGGUCAACUUGGACAAAUGUAAAACAUCAAAGCAGGCAUACACGGCAUAUGUGAAACGGUGCGUGGAACUCAAAGUGCCAUCAAGGACCUUUAAUGCCUUCAGACAAAAAAGGAAGGCACUACAAAAGAAAUAAACACACAAUAACACAACGCACGCACGUGACGCUCUGCUCUUCUGCAAGAUGAUUUUUGGUGUGCCAGCUGAAGGUCAAGAUCCACACGUCCAACUCUGCAAACACCCAGCGUCAUUCAGGGACGCGUGGGUUGAACCGAGUGCAGCGUCUGUUGCAUGUCGAAGGACGAAAAGAGACCGCUCCCUUCCUGGGCCAGUCAGUGGCGGGACUUGAAUUUGGUCGCAACUAGUCUCAUGCCCCCACCAGUGAUGAGAAAGCGGCCACCUACCAGCACCAAAACGGAGACCAUGGGGUGCAAGCACUGUGGGAACACAAACUCCAGCCCUUCCCCUCUUACGUGCCACCCCAAGAGCCAUCCCCCAGCAGCAAAUGCUCGUCCCCUCUGUCACCACCAGGCCCUGGACCUUGUAGGUAGCCUGGGGAAGCAUUUUCUACGUCUAAGUUAAGUUUCCUUUUGUGUGACUCGGACGAGGAACUCAAGCAUUCUGUCCAUUAAGCACACAUUAACAUUAAACACAUUAAACUGUUGACCUUACUUCCGCAGUAACGUAUUUACACAGAAGAACACAACA